UUUAAGAUUGUCGAGUUAACUUCAAAGAUAGAAUAUCUUGAUGCAUACCGUUUCAUAUACAUAUUUCGUUGAAUUUCAAAUUGAAAAAAAAAUUUCGAAAAUAAGUAUUAAAAUAUCGAUCCCUCUUUUAUUCGCUCCAUUUCAACUCGAAUCGGAUCAACGACGCGAAGAUCGUCCAUUUUCUUUUGCCAAGAUCGAUUAAAGAUGCAUCGAUCGUUCUCAUUUUCACGCGUAAUAUCAUAAAUCGCGGAUAUCAAUAGGUUAGCCGAUCGAAUUUGAUCGUAAAGGAAGGAUGUCUUUCGCGGUUCCACGUAAAUCAGCGUUGGAGCAAUGGUUCUAUGAACCCGAGGAGGAACCCGUGACCUUUGACGAUAUAUUGUUGUAUCUGGGCAAGUACAGGAAAAUAACUCGAUCUCUUUUAAUUUUCUCACAAGUUUUUAUCAACUUUAGAAAAUAUCGAGAAAUUUAAUAAUUAAUUAAUUAGCAAAUAAUUUAGGAAUUGUGGAUAGAUUAAAAUAAAAAAAAAUAGUGAUAUCGUAAAGAUAACGUUAACCAAUUUCUAAUUGUAAAGAAAUUGUAUAUUGACUUAUAGUUUCUAUAAGUCAAUCUUCCCCACCACUUUCUUUAUUCCUCUUGAUCUUGACUUUACAAAUAUAUUUCAACUAGGCGAAUUCGGCUUGUACCAAAGAUUCCUUUUCAUCAUGCUCAUGUUGUUCUGCUUCUUCCUCACCUUCGUCUAUUUCACACAAUUGUUCCUCAUCGUCGUGCCGGUCGAGUUUUGGUGCGAGAUGCCGAUAGUCGAGGGCUUCACCUCCGAGGAGAUAAGGGACUACAUGGUGCCUAGCUCGUACUUGGUCGCUUACGAGGGGCACGAUUUGGCUUACUCUCGAUGCUGGAUAUACGACGUGCCCGUGAAAAUAGCGAUGGAGGCAAAAGAGCCCGAUCCAAACUGGCCUAUGAAGAAAUGCCACGAAUGGCACUUCAAAACGAGCCCAUUCGACGUGCCUUACAUUUCUGUCGCUGCCGAGUUUGGAUGGGUUUGCGACGACGCGUACAAAGUGACACUCGCGCAGAGUAUAUUUUUCAGCGGCUCCAUCCUCGGAGGUUUGAUAUUCGGGUGGCUGGGCGACAAAUACGGAAGGAUCCCAGCCGUUGUCGUGUCCAAUUUGUUGGGAUUUAUCGGCGGCCUCUCCACCAUAUACAUCCACACGUUCUGGCAAUUCUGCCUGUGCAGGUUCAUCGUCGGCGUGUCCUUCGACAGCACCUUCGUGUUCGCUUACAUAUUGGUCCUGGAAUACGUGGGCCCUGGCUGGCGCACGUUCGUCGCCCACGUCUCGUUCGGCCUGUUUUACACAUUCGGGGCAAUAUGCAUGCCCUGGAUGGCCUACUUCAUAGCGGAUUGGAGAACGUUCGCUCUGGUGACGACCGUGCCCCUCGUCUCCGUCCUGAUAGCCCCGUUGUUCAUCCCCGAGAGCGUCAGGUGGCUGAUCGGAAUGAAGAAAAUGCGAAGGGCGCUAAAAAUUAUUUCGUUGAUCGAGAAAAUAAAUCGAAACAAGAUACCCGAGGACGUGUUCGAGGAAUUCCAGGAGGAGUGCGAGAAGGAUAUAGCCAUGAUGGCCGAGGACGAGAUGUACACGUUGCUCGAUCUGUUCAGGACGAGGCGUUUGAGAAGAAUCACCAUCCUACUGACGACAGUGUGGGGCAUAAUCCAGAUGUGCUACGACGGACACAUAAGGUGCCUGGACGCUCUCGGCCUGGACGUGUUCAGCACGUUCACGAUCGCCUCCAUCACCGAAUUCCCGGCUGAGAUGUUGGUCGUUUCCACCCUGGACACAUUCGGCCGAAGGUGGACGUUGUUCACCGCCGUCACCGUCUCGGCCCUGUUCAGCACGUUCGCCGCCCUUGUGCCCACGGUGGGCCUAGCUUUCGCCUCGUUCGCCAUCUGCAGCCGCCUCUUCAUCAACGUGGCCUCCAACAUCGCGCUUCAAUACGCGGCAGAGCUCCUGCCAACAGUUGUCCGGGGCGAGGGAGUGGCGUUUAUACACGUGAUGGGAUACGUCACCUCGAUAUUCAGCCCCUACAUCGCCUUCUCCUCCAAGAUAACGUACAACAUGCCCAUGAUCAUACUCGCCAUAUCGUGCUACCUCGGCGGGACUAUGUGCCUUUUCCUGCCUGAAACCCUGAUGGAACAGUUGCCCCAAUCGUUGGUGGACGGAGAGUUGUUCGGGAUCGAUCAAAUUUUUUGGGAGUCGCCAUUGACGAGGAAGAAACCUUUGGAGCCGAUAGGACACCAUUUGCACGCGAAACGUCCGACCAGACGACCAGAUCUGCUGCGAAGCAGUAUGGUUUCCGGUUACAGGGGCAUGGAGAGACGACACACCAGAAUACAAGAGAAAGUGAGCGAAGUAAGGCUCACUCAGCAGAAUCAGUAAAGAAGAUAAUUUUAACAUUGGGAGAAACACGUUUUUCGUGUGCCAAUUAUUGUUCAAAAUAACGAAUUUUAUUUGUAUUUAUUAUUAUACAGUAUUAGUACAGAUUGAUUCAUUCGAGUUGCCGUUUUAAAUUUAAACUUAAUUAAGAUUAAAUUAUAUACUUUAUUUAUCGCUUAAAAUUAUUUAAAAAUAUGAUGAUAAUAGUGUAGCGUAUGUGAUAUGGAUACAUUGUGUAUACGAAUAAACAAAGUUUGUACGAUAAGAGCAAUUAUGAAAAAGAAAUUUCUCUCUUUUUUUUUUAACCUCAUUCAACAAUUCAUGUUUCAGUUGUCAAUAUUUUUUAUUGUUCCUCUGGCAAGAAAAAAUCAUAUUCAACGAUACAGUUGUAUCUACGAAUAUUUAAAUUUGCAUAAAUAUAUCACAAUCACUUUCAAAAAAACAUUUUUUCGCUGCUGCGUUUCUUCCAAAAUUUCUCACGUCGAAAGCAUCGUGUAAUUAAUAACAAUUAAACGAGCAGGAAACUCCUAGGUGGACAGACGUUUAGUUAAUUGCCGAAAUUAGCGACGACAGGGGUCCUCGACAUGUGGACGGCCACAUACCUCGUAUCUCCUUUCACUUUUCUUUGAAAACGCAUAAAUCCGCCGCUGG